AUGGAUAGAUUUUCCGUGGAUCAGAGCGGGACAACCACUGCCCAAACUAAUGAUGGAGCUGUUAUGACAAAUGUCGCCGUUUGGACUCCAUCUGAUGAAACAGCAUUCGAAAAUGCUCGCUCUGCCACGGUUUUCACGCGGAUAGGGACACGACAUUCGCCGGAUGAACUCAAAGUUGUUCUAGAUGCAACACCCACCGUUAAGCAAACUUUCUGCUUAUCAGUGAACAACGUGCUAUUGAUUUUCUCGGACAAUAUUGAGAGCCAUAGGGCCGAUGUAAGGGCCGUUCUUACGAUGUUGCAGGAAAAUUCGAUGAAAGCAGAUCCUCGGGAUUGUGUUUGGGAUGCUGGGGAGGCGACGGAUGCAGGAAUUAGGCUGGAACAAGUCGGGGAGCACAAGGCCUAUAUGGUCGUCAAUACAGGCCGACCUGGAGCAUGA